AUGGACGUAGGGGACGCGAAGGACGAGGCCGAGAGUUACAACAUCGACGAGAUCACUGAAUGGGAGCUGCUGGAAGUCGACCCGGACUACCUGCGCGUCAAGACUGCGGUGUGGCUGGACGAUAUUCGGCGGCUUCACCGGAAUUCGCACGUGAUGCGAGAGUGCGCGGUCGCUUUGGUGACGCUCGAGGUGUGCCCGCCUUCCGCGUCGAUGGAGUUGAUGAUCGCAGGUCGGUCGGCCGACGACAUCACCCGCAAGGAGAUCUUUCGUCACUGCCUGCCCACGCCCGACUUCUUCCGCAUGCAGUCUGGCCACGCACCGGCGUUGCGGUUCGACAAGUUCUCCUUGCCCGUGCGCAGCGCCUUCGUCAACUCUCGUCUCUUUCUGUCCGCCGUACAUGCCAUCAAGAGCUCUGCGAUGGAGUUGGCGCCGCUGACGCAGCUCCUGCGUGACUUCCACGCCAUUCUCUCUGUCGCACAUGACUUCCAACCGUUCGACUACGACACGGCCGAGGAGUCGAGCAUCGCUGCUGGCGCGACGUGCCAGCCGGAGCUCGAUCAGACCAAGCAGCUGCUGCUGGCCGAUAUCGAGCGAUUGCGCGAACGCCUGCAAGCGCGCGUUGACGCCUUGACCAAACAAACAAACGACGAGAACGCCACACCAUCGACGUCCGCCAAUUCCACGCCGCUGCGGCGUUCCUCGAACUAUGUGCCCCCUCAGUCGCCGUACGCGCAGGCCUCGCCCUACACGCCGCGAACGCACGUCCUGCGGAAGGGGACCUCGUCGAAGCGUAUCGCCGCCUGGAUGGAGAGCUGGACCGAUGACAUCGAGCAGCAGCUCAAGCAGGAUCUGCAGGCCUUCCUCAUCCGAUUUUUCUCGUCUCAGCUGCCUGCGUACUGUGUGUUCCCGCUGCAUGAGGUCUUCUACUACAAUGCAACGGAUAGACUCGACGAGUGCUUCAAUGCCGCUCCGUUGACCACGGUCAAGCAAGCGCUGAGCCAGCCGGAGGGGUAUCUGGGAUUCUCCAGCUUGUCAUGGCCCGCGGAGCACAUCGACACCGCCAUCGCGUUCGAGCUCUACAAGGGCCAGGGUAAAGUCAUCAACCUCAAGGACUGGUUCGACGCUUUCUGCGAGCGCAUGAAGCCCGACAUGUUCGAGAUGGUGCCGGAGCAGAGCGAGGAUGAAAAACCGGCCAAGCGACGAAAGACGGCGGCGACGACAGCCUCCGCGAAGAAGAAGCCCGCCGCCACCCCGCGCCGACAGGCGGCCGCAAAGAGAGGCGCCGGCAAGGCGGCCAAGAAGGAGGCUCCGACGACGGACAACGACAGCGACGACGAGACCGUGGACGUGGACAACACCGGAAGCGAGAGCGAGAGCAAGACCAAGAAAGGCAGCGGCAGCAAGAAGAAGAAGACGAAGAUGGUCGUCAGCGUGCGACCCGACGUGCCGGCCGACCAGCAGGCCGAGCUGCUGGCCCGCUUCCUCACGGCCAUCGGCGAACUGCAGAUGCUGGGCUUCAUGUGUCCGCCGCCGGCCGCCCGACGCAAGGAGGUCCUCAUGAAGAUGGCCCUCGGUGGCCGCACCGCGUAG